ACCGCGAAGCGGAUAAAUUGUCGUUGUUUAUGAAUUUAGAGACGCUGUUUUUUUCAUCCAUUUUAGCCCACGAUGUCCGACGAAACUAUGGAUGCUGAAGAGCAGAAGCAAUGUAAACCGUGCCGUUUGUGUCGGGACAAUAUCUCCCAAGCUGGAGACCGGUUCGGUAUCGAUACGAUGGAAAGCUUGGAUAUUCGAAGAUUACUCCAGGAGGUGUAUGAAGUGAAGAUACUUCCCACCGACAGAAACUCAACUAUAAUGUGCAUGCCUUGCUAUCAACAGCUAAUACAGCACUAUUCAUUUCGCAUCAAACUUUUUGCGAGAAGGAAAACUUUUAAACUAAAUCAGUCAGUGCUGGUCUCACACAUUAUUGCCUUCAGAGACACUGCCCAACAACAGGCUGGUACGAAACCCGAUGACGAUUGGUUGGUUUCAGCAAAAGAACAAUCUACUCAAACGGAAACACCAGAGUCGUCAGAGCGUAAUUCUCCUAUCACAGCCGAACCAUCGGAUAAUGGACCCAUACAAAGCGAACAAUCAAAAAGCGGUGUGAAACAAACUGAACGGGUCAAUGCAGAAACUGAUUCCAUCAACACCACCACCACCAUCAGUAUGGCAAAGCAAUUGGUGCCACUAGUUGUGGACUGCCUGAAGGAGCCACUCUACUUGAAGGCGCUUUGUCCCUUAGUGGUGUCAACUAAUCAGGACGAUCUUGCACCGUUGGUGUUGCUUUGCAGUCGUUGCUGCAAGAUAUUCUAUUCCAAAGAAAAGUUGGAACACCACCAGCAGUCAGAGGGCUGUGUUCCGUGCUGUCCCAUCUGCCGGUCGGAACAGACGGUGGAUCAUAAAUGUCCGAAACAACGCGAAUACGCAUUCUUUAUGCAACACGUUGUUGGCAGCCAAAAAUACGUCAACACGCUUGCAAUCACAAGUGCCACUUCCGAGACCAUUGCUGAAGAACCGGUUGCCAGCGUUGAACGGGAGAAGAGUAUCGAGCCAAAGCUGAAGCUAAAGAAGACGAAACUGGACGCUGACCAUAAUGGACGAUAUUCAUCAUCCGAACGCCGCUCGACUACACCUUAUCCAUUGCAUGCAGAGAACCCCCAUUCUCAAACAGAUGAGACGGCCCCCGUGAUCACCCUUUCGUCUUCGGAUGAUGAAGUUACCAUGCUGUUAAUAGAUACACAUAAACCGGUUGCCACAGAACGUUCGAAAGCCAAAAAACGGAAGAAAAGUCAUAGGCACUGAUUUUUCAUCCAACUUGUACAAGAUAAAUGCAAGCCCAUGCGGCUGUUAUCGAUGUUUUUGGUUAAUAAUAAUGUUUAAAUGUAU